AGGAGGCGUGUCUCGGCGGCUCCCGGCUCCCGCCAAUGGGGGACUCAGGCGUCGUGGGGACGGGGCGGUAGGUUGUCCGUAUAUGGCAGAGAGGAGGCGCGGCUUGGGGCUAGGCUGCUCUCCCCGGCAGCCACUCCCUUUGGCUCCUAGCUGCUGAGCGAGCGAGCGACUUCGGUGCUGCGGACGGGGAGACGCGCGUUUCUCCGCCGGGUCGGUAAGCAGGCAGCCGUUUCAGACCUCCGCCCGUCCUUGCCUGGGCUGGAGCCACUGCAAUGAUUUCCCGCAGGUGGUUUCAUCCAAACAUCAGUGGGAUUGAAGCAGAGAAACUGCUGCUAACCAGAGGGAUCCAUGGAAGCUUUUUGGCCCGGCCGAGCAAAAGCAACCCUGGAGACUUCACUUUAUCGGUCAGGAGGAACGACGAGGUGACCCACAUCAAAAUCCAGAACACCGGCGACUAUUACGACCUCUACGGAGGGGAAAAAUUUGCCACCUUGGCUGAGUUGGUUCAGUAUUACACCGAACAGGAGGGCCUGCUGCGUGAGAAAAACAGCAAUAUAAUAGAGCUGAGAUUCCCUCUAAAUUGCCAGGACCCCACCUCAGAAAGAUGGUAUCACGGCCACCUGACCGGCAAGGAAGCUGAGAGGCUCCUCACAGACAAAGCAAAGCCGGGCAGCUUUUUAGUUCGUAGCAGCCAAAGCAAACCGGGUGACUUCGUGUUGUCCGUUUUGACGAACGAGGAUAAAGCCGACACGGGGGACCGGAAGCCCCGCGUGACCCACAUCAUGAUCCGCUACCAGCUGGACGGAAAGUACGACGUGGGCGGGGGAGAGCGAUUUGACACCCUUGCCGACUUGGUGGAGCAUUACAAAAAAAACCCCAUGGUGGAGAAGUCGGGGGCGGUGGUGCACUUGAAGCAGCCUUUCAACGCCACCCGGAUCAUCGCGGCCAACAUCGAGAACCGGGUCAAGGAGCUGAACAAGAUGGCAGACCACAGCGAGAAGGCGAAGCAAGGAUUCUGGGAGGAAUUUGAGAUGUUACAGCAGCAGGAAUGCAAAUUCCUGUAUCCCAGGAAGGAAGGACAGCGGGCCGAGAACAAGGCGAAAAAUCGCUACAAAAACAUCCUUCCAUUUGAUACAACCCGGGUGGCUCUCCGGCACGUAGACCCACGGGUCCCAAGUUCCGAUUACAUCAACGCCAAUUAUAUUAAGAAUACCCUCGAAGACGGCCGGAGCACCCAGCACAGCAAAGUUUACAUCGCCACCCAGGGCUGUCUCCAAGGCACCGUGGACGACUUUUGGGCCAUGAUCUACCAGGAGAACACCCACAUCAUAGUCAUGACCACCAAGGAAGUCGAGCGAGGCCGGAACAAAUGUUUUCACUACUGGCCAGAUAUAAAUUGCACCAAGGAAUUCGGCAACAUCAGCGUGCAGAAUAUCAGUGAGCGGGAAUGUCAGGGUUACUACAUCCGGGAUUUGCAGAUUACGCGGAUAGACAGGGAUGAGCGGCCCAGAAAGAUUAAGCACUUCCAGUAUUUCAGCUGGCCCGAUCACGGCGUCCCUAAUGAGCCGGGGGGCGUCCUUGGUUUUUUGGACCAAGUCAACAAGGCACACAGGAGUAUUCCAGAGACGGGACCAAUUGUGGUGCACUGCAGUGCUGGGAUUGGACGAACGGGCACAAUCAUAGUAAUAGAUAUCCUGGUGGACACAAUUCACAGGCAAGGCUUGGAUUGCGACAUCGACAUCCCAAAGACGAUUCAGAUGGUGCGAAGGCAGAGGUCGGGCAUGGUGCAAACGGAAGCUCAGUACAAAUUUGUCUACAUGGCUGUGCAGCAGUUCAUCGCAAUGGAGCAGAAGAUGCUGGAAGAGGAACAGAGAUGUCUAAGGAAGGACACGGGUUACUUAAAUAUCCGAUACUUACCAAUGGAAAAACCCCGGGCCAAAGCCCGCCCUCCUUCACCUCAGGUCCAGAUGGGAGUUGCUGAUGAGGAAACGACCUCCUUGUAUGAAAAUCUCAGUGUCAAAGCCACCAAGGUCUCGGGAAUCAAUAGCUCAGGAAGAUAGUUGCUAUAGAACAGGAUGGAGACAGGUGGCUAUAAAAUAGGUAGGAAUGUG